UUUUUUGACGACGGUGCUCUUGAAAUCUUAUCGAAUGGCCUUUUCGCACAGGUUGAACUUGGUCUUGACCUUUCGCUGAGCCAAUCUCUGGCAUCCCUCAACAUGUCUCUCCCUGCAAUUCCUCUCACCCCUUUUGAGGUAGGCAUCCGGGCGCAAGGUGUUAUCAUACUUCAUUGUGACGGUAUUGACAAUCCUAGAUCCCAGGAGUUGUAGCUUUCGGCCCAAUAAUCCAACCGGAUCUCUCACUUAGCGUAAAUAUGGUGGAGGAGAUAGGGUUCUCUUAUGGCUUCAAUCUUUCGGUACUGGUUCCUAGCUGAGAGAGAAUCGCCAGGUUAUACUAAUUCAUGCAGGUACCGGAUAACUCAAAUAUUAAGAUUAACAUGAGUGAGCCUGGGAAUUCCUCCAUUUCAGGGUUUGAUAAAACCAAGGUCCACGCGCUGGAGUUUGAAUCUACGUCUGCCCCGGCGUCUUUGAUUUUCAGUGUUACCUUCACGCCGCAGAUCCUGCUCGGAAUCAGCACGGCAAAGGGUUUAGUAUCCGGCGGUGUUGGAGCAUUCGUCAACCUGCCAAAGAUAUCGGUGAAUGCAACGCAACUGAGUCAUGUCAGUGACAAGUGUGAGCCCGUGGUUGAUGGGAGUGGAGAUGACAGCUUGACAUCUGUCCUGGAUGAUGUCUUCGAUAGCCUGACCCAUAUCGCCCCUUCGGUAGACGUCAACAUGGGUGUCCUCGCCAACAUGGAGGUCGACAUUGCGGAUUUCAGUGAAAGGGUCGGAGUACAAGCUGUCCUGGCAUCAACCUCCUAUCCUCUACCCACUGCUUGUCUAAAGUAUGAUGCGAAGAGCCACACAUAUGGUACUCCUUCACGGACGCCAAGCGCUACCGCAACGUCGGGGUCAACGAAAGGAGCCAAUGACAAGUCGUCCGAUUCGGACAAGCAGUCUGGAGCCGCAAAAUUGGUAUGGGGUCUUGGUCUUCUACCACUCAGUAUUUUGGCGGCUUGGAUGAUUGCUAUUGUGUUCUGUGGAUAGGGCUGAACGGACAUGGAAUGAAGCAUGUGUGUGUCAUAUCGAAAGAUGUAGAUCAUGUCGAUGGAUAGAAGAACAGUGACGAGGAGAGGGAUGCAAAUCAUGCAAACCCAAGUUGUUUUUUUAAAAGUUCA